GUUCAGUUACUCUGUGGAUUAUUUUCUGAAGCCACAAUUGUGGAUUAUGAUGUGAAAAACUAUGUGUAUAAGUUUCGUCGUACUCAUGAUAUACAGAGGUGUGAUACUGCAAGGCUUUUUCAGCACUUUGAAAAAGAGCAUACCAAGAAUCCUGAUUGGUAUGUUCAAGCGUUAAUUGAUCCAGAAACAAACAGAUUACAAGGAGUUCAGCCCGGCACUUUUAUGAUUGAUGCAGAUCCAGGUCUUGAAAAAGAACAAUUUGCUGGUCGGUUUGCGGCUUGGCAUAAAAAGACAACAUCAUAUAUGACACCAAGUGUUUCUGGACGACUUUUUCCUGAAAUAUACAAUAUUUUGCAAAACAAAAAGGUUAAUUUUGAGGAUUCAUAUAAUUUAACAUUGGAGAUUGUUGAUAAUGGGCUGAUUAAAUUUGAGUAUGACUUUUGUCAGAUAUAUUUUGAUGAACUUCUUGAGGGGAUCGAUCAUUCCUUAGUUGCUGAGGUUUGGGAAGUUCAAUCAAUUGAGCAUAAAUCAAAUAUUGGACAGAAUUCUGAAAAGGCUUAUUUUCACAUUUCUCUCAUUCCAAGACGUUGGUACAAAGACGAAUUUAUGGAUGCGGUAGUUGUUGAUGAGCCAUUUCUUAGAAGAAAUUCAUUAAAAAAAAACACUGCAACAAAAGCAAUUGGCCGUAAACAAUCGAUUAAAGAAACAUUGCUUGGGCUUGCCCGUAAAUGUGUAGAAGUAGUUAAUUAUGAUGAUUUAAAUAAUUCAAAGAUUUUGAUAGAAACAUUUAAGGAAUGGAUACGCAUCCAUGAGGAAGCACAAUGCAGCAAACAAAUUAUAGAACAUGAACUAGAUGAUAACCAAAUUGUAGAGAGUGAUCAAGGUACAGAGAAUAAUCAGGAUACAGAGAGUGAUCAAGAUACAGAGAAUGAUCAAGAUAUCGAAACUACACGACUAGAUGUUCAGAACCCACUUAAAUAUAUUGGAAAAGGGCGUCCCUCCAAAAGGCAUAUAAAAUCAGCAAUUGAAAAACUGAAAAAACAAUUAAUGAUGAUUUAUGAA